AUGGCAGACCCUCAAAGCUCCUCUACAACACCACCCACACCGCCUCCGCUAGCAAGGUCGAGCUCCGAGAUGCUCUACUACGGCCUCGUUGUUGUCGCAACAGCGGUUAUCGUGCUCGUGCUCUACAACAUCGUCAUCGUGAGAUGGUGCGCGGAUCAAAGGCCGCCGCAGAGAGUCAGACACAGACGGCCGCGCCAGGCUGCGACGUGGAGGAUCGCCGACUCUCCCGCGAUCUCGGUCGCUAGCUUCAAGUACGAGGGCGGUGGAAAGGGGCAAGAUGGUGGUGGUGGUGAUUCUGAGUGUGCAGUUUGCCUCUCAGUGUUUGAACAAGGUGAAGAAAUAAAACAGCUGCCUAACUGUAAGCAUUACUUUCAUGCACCUUGUAUUGAUAUGUGGCUCUACUCCCACAUGGACUGCCCUCUUUGCCGUUCGCCGGUGGAGCCAUCGCCGCUCCACCACCCGGCAGCCGCGGUGGAGGAGACGGAGCAUUCCCGGGAAGUGUUGCUAGGUCCGGGCUCAUUAGUUUAG